AUGCCAGCACGGGAAGCACCAAGCGUGGAGCUUGGUUCGGCACCCCGAACCCCCAGCGUUGUUGCUUCUCCUUCACCUUCAGAGAUAUCGAGCACAAGUUCGCCUGAACCACAGAACAUUCGAACAACGCCUUUGUUCAGAGCUUUAGCAAUGCCACCGCCCGAACCUGAACAGCCUCCAGGACAGGAUGAGCUAGAGCGUCGGCUACCCGGGUACAGGCGAAUUGUCAUUCCAAGGGAACUUACGUUAAUCGAACUAUUGAAACAGUGCAGUGGCGUGACGACCGACGAAGAAGUAUUGAGAAUUCGCGAAGCGAAAUUACGCGUGAUUGCGGAGAGAGUUGGACUGAGGAGGUUACACGUGCUUGCACCUCGACUUUGCUCUUUGACUUUGGACGGAAGCGCAUUGUUGUCAUUGCGAGAUCUAGGAAUUGGUUUAGUACAUUUAAAGAUGCUCAGCGUAAAUCGAUGUGGCCUAACGUCUUUAGACGGCGUGUGGGGCUUGGCAUCUUUACGGGAACUGCAUGCAGCUGUAAACCGUAUUCAAGACCUUAAUCCACUUGCAGUACUUCAAAAACUCCAUACUUUAAACUUAACUAAUAAUCCUAUAUCAGAAUCUGGUCGCAUUUGGACAUUGGGCGUAUGCAGUUCUCUUCGUCGCCUGUUUCUCAAUGGGACUCCAUUUUCGGAAUCACCAAGAUAUCGCUCAAUUAUUGCUUCUACGCUGCCGAUGUUGACAUCUUUAGACGAUCAGCCUUUGCAUACAAAUGUGAACACAGACGACUACCUAGAAGACAUUGGUAACAAAUCCGAUUCUGACUCUGGGAGUGACCAGGAGCGUGAUACAAAACUACAGCAGGGACUUCUUCCACAUACUGAGGAUACAGCUGGAACUUCCUCACAAAUGUAUCAGAGAUCUCUAAAAGAGGAUUCGCCUCAUCAUAUCGAUGAGAAGUUUACAAUGGGUCAGGUUUAUCAACGAAGGCGGCCAGCGACCACGGAAAGCGGUGGUGUGCGGCCAUCGAAACCUGUACUACCGCGAAGACCUCAAACCGCUGUCGAUCGUCCGUGUAUAGAUGCACCGACGAGGCUACAAAUAAUGAAUACACUAAUGGAUACUGAGUGGCGAUGCAGCGGCAGUAAGCUAACUUCUAAAGGCGCUGUGUGUGGAAAUUUGGCGCGAGCGUUACGUCGACCGGCCCUUUCAACUCCUGAUGCACAGUUAGAAACUGUUGGGCGUACAAUGGAAGACGCGUGUCGAGCAAUAGCGGCAGAGAUCCCUCGAGCACCGAGCCACGAAGACUGGGUCAAGUUUAGAGAAGAAACCGGACAUUAUACUAAAAUUGAAAUCGAGAUAAAUUUUAAUGAAAGACCUCAGAGUAUGGACCCAGCCAAAGCCUUGGAUCGUUUAGAGCGUAUAGAAAGAGAAACCUCCGAACGUUUGAAGAGAAUGCCGACAGAAAGAAAUUGCAGUAUAAUGGACUAA